AUGCUGCGUACGCUGCGAGUAGGAGACAACAUGAUGCUCAUCUAUGCAGCCUUUGGCGCGUUGCUCCCUCCCGGCGUGGCGGCGCAGUCUGCCAGCACCUUUGCCAACAAGCCCGCUCUGCAGACCGCGGUCGACUUGUGGUGCAGCAACGAGUCGGCCGCCCUGGCUGAGUACGGCAACAUCGCGGACUGGGACGUGAGCCGCAUAACCGACAUGUGGUGUAUGUUCAGCGCAAACUCGUGGUGCGCGCAAGUCGUGGGCGGCUCCACGACCGGCAAGAGCACGUGCAACCCCGACAUUGGGUCGUGGGUCACGUCGGCAGUCACCACCAUGAGCUUCAUGUUCUGGGGCGCCUCCUCCUUCGACAAGGACAUCUCGUCGUGGGACACGUCGUCGGUUCUCAGAAUGAACCAGAUGUUCCGCGACGCCUCCGCCUUCGACAAGGACAUCUCGUCGUGGAACACGUCGGCGGUUACCAGCAUGCAGAAGAUGUUCUACUCCGCCACCUCCUUCGACCAGGACAUCUCGUCGUGGGACGUGUCGGCGGUCGUGGAUCGUGAUAGCAUGUUCAUGAUGUUUGGCAUGUUUGGGGAGACGACGGGUGGCAGCGACUGCAACAAGGCGCGCAUCCACGCCAGCUUCGACGCACAGACGAGCGCGUGGCCCUACUUGUGGGGCUCGCUCUCGGCGACGGUGCAGCGUGCCGACGGGGCUACCGUUCCCCUCUCCUCCCUCUCCGCCGGCACCCUCAGCUUCGACGUCGUCUCCUCCUUCUCGCUGGCCAACCCGUCCGCCAAGGCGGCCUUCCUCUCGCUCGCCACCGCGACGGCGACGGUCACGCUCACCCCGACGCACAAGCUGCCCGCCGGGCCGGCAAAGGCGCUCAAGCAGGCGUCCGAGGUUGCCGUCGGCGAGACGGUCUGGCUCGCGUCGCCGGCCGCGGGCGCGCUCGAGCCCGUCCUCAAAGUGACCAAGGUCGUGGCCGACGGGCUGCACAGCCCGCUCACCAAGCACGGCGGCUGGCCGGUCGUCGACGGCGUCCCGACCUCGUACAACAGUGCGGCCGUCGUCGCGCGCAACAAGGCGGCCUCCCGCCGGGCGGCCACCCUCACCGCUUCCCUAUAA